AUGGAUUACUCGCAAGCGCAAAGCUAUGAGCAGCGCUUUCAUAGCAUCCUGAGCGCUGCAGAGGAUUUGUGGCAGGAUGUUCAGCCGGAGCUGCCAGUGAGGGGAAGUGACUGGCCCUGGGAUGAUGACCCAUUCAGCGGGAGCUUUUGGUCUAGCGGCGUCACGCAGGACACGAUGAGAACGGCGACCUCAGAUACGUACGACCAGUCAGCAUCGCCAUACGAUGUCACAUCGAACUUUGCCCCUUCCAAUCGACAAUGGACUGUAACUAGCGAUUCGGCCACUUCGACAUACAGCAAAGCCUUUCUUGCUACUGCCGCGUCCUCUGACUCUUCUUUGCUGGCGGUCACUUCGGCUCAGCCUACGCUGGCGCCCUCGUCGUUGUCGACCUCUUCCUCAUCUCUCUCAGCACCAUCUGCUUCUACGUCCUCAGACAGGAGCUCUUUACUUUCCUCGCCAGCCCCUUCCAGGUCGACGUCGGAUGGCCAUGCUCCUCACUCCAUCCCACCCCUCUCCACGCCUGCCAUCAUCGGCAUCGCAGCCGGCGCGGGCCUUGCGCUCCUCCUCCUCCUCAUCGCAUUGGUAUGGAUCUGCUGCACACGACGCCGAAAGCGGGGCAGCGAUGGCAGCAAGGACGGCGUACAGAUUGACCAGACUUGGCGCUCCGACCAGGCUUCAAUGAGCGACGCAGGCAUCGCAGGCGCGAGUUGGAGUGAGGUCGUUACACCUUACACUUUCGCUGCGCUCGGCCGUGGAGGGCAAGGCAUGGGCGGGGAUGGGGCGUCGCCAUUUGAUGGAGUGUACGGCGGCGUUGAGCAGCAGAUUGGCGUAGCGUUUGGGCGUGAGGCCCCAGCUAGCGGGGCGAUGCAACCGAAUGUGCCACCCCCUGUCAGGUCUCUCGUCGACGAGCAGGCGCAGCAGCUUGCACCUGCCCGCGUUAGCAGCAGUCUGAUGGGCCGUCCUACUCAUACACGAGGAGGCAGCGGGAACAACAUUUCGAGCUCGACCUUUGACUCGAGCGCGAGCGGCCAGACGGGCAGCACGGCUGUCGCGAGCUCGAAAUGCGACGCGCAAGUGAAGGGAGUCUCGCCAAUCACGACGACAAGCACAGCCAAUGUCCCUCCUGCGACGCUUUUCAAGAAGUGCUCCGCAGCAAUCGCGCCUACUGCAGCUACUCAGCCUCCUUCUUCGCCGCGUCACGAUCCGCGGAGCCGUCUCCGCUACCUCUCCUCGAUCUCCACAGCCUCGACAUCUUCCAGCAGCUCGUUCACCCACACAGAUGCCCAUACUCUUCCAGCAUACCAGCCUGCGGUCGCCUCUACGUCGCAGCCACGCCAGCUCUCUGGACCCGUCAAGGCGCUCGGAGCUCUGCGUGAUGAGCGAAGUGCCUUCCUAGAUGCGGAUCCUUUUGCUGGCAGGUCGUCCAGGGUCAGACCAGCUGAGGACGAUGAUAUGGCGAGCGUGUACAGCCGUGCAUCGAUGGAAGAAGUGGACCGAUCUGCGCUGCGUGAGACAUUUUCUGAUCCGUUUAGAUCUCGGGGGGAGUGGGCGUUCCCCAUUCCAAUCGAUUGUUAA